GGAUGGGAGCGGGAUGCGGUCUGGGGGAGACCCGGGUGCCCCUCCGUGGGCUGGGGUCUCACGGAUCACAACCGGGCUGAGACUCCGCUCGAUACCUUGAAGGUCUCUCGGCUCAUUAUGAGGAGCCCGGGCCCGGGGGUCUUUCCUGAGGGGGUCUCUGCUUCGGGGUGCCCUGAGGAGUGAGGGGGAUCCCAUCGGGAAUCAGCUGGAGGAGAAUCGAUGAAAGGCGGGUCGCGAUGGUGAAGCUGUUCAUCGGGAACCUGCCGCGGGAGGCGACGGAGCAGGAGAUCCGCUCCCUGUUCGAGCAGUACGGGAAGGUGCUGGAGUGCGACAUCAUCAAGAACUACGGCUUCGUGCACAUCGAGGACAGGACGGCGGCCGAGGACGCCAUCCGCAACCUGCACCACCACAAGCUGCACGGCGUCUGCAUCAAUGUGGAGGCCAGCAAGAACAAGAGCAAGGCCUCCACCAAGCUGCACGUGGGCAACAUCAGCCCCGCCUGCACCAACCUAGAGCUGCGCGCCAAGUUCGAGGAGUACGGCCCCGUCAUUGAAUGUGACAUCGUCAAGGACUACGCCUUCGUGCACAUGGAGCGGGCCGAGGAUGCCGUGGAGGCCAUCCGGGGGCUGGACAACACCGAGUUCCAAGGCAAGCGGAUGCGCGUGCAGCUGUCCACCAGCCGGCUGCGGACGGCGCCCGGGAUGGGAGACAAGAGCGGCUGCUACCGCUGCGGGAAGGAGGGGCACUGGUCUAAGGAGUGCCCGGUCGAUCGCCCGGGGCAAGUGGCGGACUUUGCCGAGGCCUAUAACGAGCAGUACGGAGCCGUGCGCACUCCCUACACCGCAGGCUAUGGGGAGACCGUGUAUUACGAUGAGGCCUACGGCGGGAUGGCCGACUACUACAAGCGCUACCGCGUCCGCUCCUACGCCACGGCCUCGGCGUACGACGCCUACGCGGAGCAGACCAUGGCCCAGUACUCCCAGUACGCCCAGUACUCCCAGGUCCAGUCCUCGGCCAUGGCCGCCACCACGGCCAUGGCCGGCCGCAUCCCCACCACCUUAGACGCGUACGACCGAGCGCUGCUGCCCACCCCGGGCGCGGCGGCCGCCGUCGCUGCCGCCGCCGCCACCGCCGCGGCCGCCGCCGCGUCCUCCACGUAUUACACCCGGGACAGGAGCCCCCUGCGCCGCACGGCCGCUGCGGCCAGCACCGUCGGAGAGGCGUACACGUACGAGCGUGGGCAGCUGUCGCCCGUCUCCUCGGUGGCCCGGGCGUCCCUCUACGACCUGCAGCGCUUCGGGUGGGCCUACGUGGAGCGGGUGCAAUACUCCGCCUUCUGAG